AUGUAUUUUGAAACGAUUAUAUAUUUUAUUAUAUGGAGCUUAUCUGUGAUUUAUUCAGUACACCGUUUCUCAACAAGUUCAUACAAUUAUUUUAGGUAUUACAAUGAUGAAUAUGAUGAUUUCACUCAGGGCAUAUCAUUUUUGUCUAAAAAGAGAGACAAGGCUGAUUUAGAAUGGGAAGCAAUCAUGUUCCUAGUUAAAGAUUAUUUCCCAUGGCUAGUGAUUUACGUUUCUGUUGCAUUAGCUACUAAAUAUAUUAAAUCUUUAAAGAUUUUUAAACUGUGGCAUAUCCUUUUCACUGUAAUUUAUAUACUGCUGAAAUGGAACUACAUUUUUUUAUUACUAUUAUUAAUACAACCAGCAGUUUUCCUUAACAUAAGAUAUUUAUAUCAAAACAAAUCCUCAGUGUGGAUGUCUUCAAGCAUAUCUUUAGCUCUAUUAAACUAUCUUAAAUCAAUUGUCAACAAUCCUGAUCUUAUAGAAACUAUUAAAAGUAAAGAUUAUGAAAUAUAUGUUUUGAUAUGUAGUUUAUUCUGGAUGAACUUGAAAUGUACUAGUUUCUGUCUAGAAAACACUGAGAAUACUAAUGCUCUUGACUUUUUAUCAUAUUGCUUCUACCCUCCCACAGUAUUUAGUGGCCCCUUUAUUCUGUAUAAAGAUUUUGAAACCUGUUAUAAUAGUAAUAUAGAAUUUUCAUUAUGGAGAUGUAAAAAAUUGGCCAGGAAUUUAAUCAAGUCACUGUUUUGGUUUAGUUUCUUAUACAUUUGUCUGCACUUUGUAUAUUUGAAUGCAUCUGCUUAUCAUCCACAGUUAAUUGAAAAUUUAGACAGUUGGUCUUUGUAUGGAUUUGGAUAUGCAAUGGGUCAAUUUUUUCAUUUAAAAUAUGUUAUACAGUAUGGUAUAAGUACUAGCAUAGCAUCUUUUGAAAGAAUCAAUGUUCCAAACCUACCUCGUUGUAUAGGAAGAAUUCAUUUAUAUUCAGACAUGUGGAAAUAUUUUGAUCCCGGUUUAUAUAAUUUUUUAAUCAAAAACAUAUACCUUCCUAUGACAAAAUUUACUCAAAAUAAGCCAAUAAGAAGUUUCUUUUGCUUCUCGUUUGUCUAUGUUUGGCAUGGACUCGAGACUCAUAUAUUUAUAUGGACCAUACUAAACUAUUUUGGAUUAAUGUGCGAGAGUGUCCUUUGGUCAAAAACCGAUAAAAUUAAGAAAAAUGGACAGGAACAAAAUUGGAAACGAAGAAAAGAUUGUUUUAUAUCGGCUUUUUUACUAGCAAUGUCUGCAAUAUCAAACUUUUAUUUUUUUGCUGGCUACAAUGUAGGGAAUGUAUUUUUUAGAAGGUUAUUCGCAGAUAUGUUUGGAAAUAUCGUUUUGAUAGCAGCCUUAUACUGUUGUUGUCAAGUUUCUACAGAAAUCCCGACCGUUCCAGCUUCACAAAUGUAG